AUGGACGAUACCAUCUACGGCUUCACAUGCCCGACGCUCGACAUGAUGCGCAUCAAGACGUCGUACAUCCAGGACACCAUGUACCGGGCCUGCGUGCUAGCCACGCUGGUGAAGCCUACAGCAGAGCACCCGUUCCGCUCGGUCACCGUCAAGUGGGUCGAGAAGGGUCAGCCGCUGCACGUCCGCGCCUUGAUCAAGAACCGCGACUUCGUGUAUAUGGAGUCGACAGGCACCCGGACCCUGCGCAACGGCGAGCGGGUCGGCUAUCAGCUCGUCCACUCGGUGCAGUUCCCCGAGACCCCCGCUCGAGACUCGGCCAUUCGGGGCAACAUGUCGAUGACGGCAGUGUACCAGCAGCGAGACAGCAACAUAGUGGACGUGUUCAUCAAGGGCUUCUUGAACCCAGCCGGCGGGUUGGCGCGCUCUAUCAUCACCCGUUCAGCUGCCAAGGCGCUGCUGUCCGUGUCCAAGAACGUUUACUGCGCGCAGAUGAAGAAGCUCGCGUGGAGUAUCCGCCAGCGCUGUCCUACGAUGGAAAGGCAGCAGCGGCAAGAGAGCUCCGCGGUCUGCGUACAAGCGUGCUUGACCAGACCUUCUGGCACCCGCCGGCUGCUGCAUCGCAAUCUUUGCUGCGGCGGAUGUUCACGCUACGUGUGCUCAGGCUGUCGAAUCCAGAGGAAGCUGCACUUCAUGAUGCUUGACCGCAAGAUGUUGCAGCAGGAGGUGGCCUUCUGUCCGCGGUGUUACAGGGAAGCGCUCGACGCCAAGGCGGCGACCGUGGCCAGCCAGGAACUGCUCUUCAACGACGUCUACGGCCGGAACGAGCUGUGCGCCAUCACGUCCGGCACGGAGAUCUCCCUCUUCGACGAGCUGAACUGA